GAAGCUCCCAUGUUGCCAGGGAUCACAACGACAGUGGAACAAAACAUUGCAGUGGUCUAGAAUCAACUCAGCACAGCUAGAAGUGUCAACACAACUUGAGCAUUGGAAGAUGUUGCGAUUGCUGUUUCUGUGUCUGAUUGUGACUCUGCGAGGAGCUGCUGCUUCCUCAGAGGAGAGUGAAGGCUCAGCAGACGUAGCAGAUGGAGACGAUGAAGAUCUAUUCAAGCAAAACGUGAGCCCAAAUCUCGGACAAUAUUCCACGCUUGAACCUGAAACUGAUGACACUGUGGACAUAAACAAGGCAACAGGAGAAAAAGUAGCGGAAGAUGGAUUUACUACCAUUGUCAUCAUCGUAGCCGUGAGUGUGGUGGCACUAUCAAUCGCAGUGAUAGUAGCCAUAGUGCUGGUCCGGCGCCGCAUGCACAACCGACCACAAGGGAUCUACUCAGUUCCCACAGAACAGGGAAUGAAAGGAACGGUCUAACCACAGGAUGAGCUCCAGUUCCAUUGGACACCUGCAGGGGAGGACCAAUGAACUGAGCUCUACAAAAUACUGCCCUUUGAACCAGGAAGGGUACACUUUCCACCCCAGCCUGCUCUUACUGAACCACCCCCUACUGCUCUCCUCUCUGGGACCAUCUGUUACUGUGUCAUGGGUCCCCUCCAAAGGAAACUUAGUUUCCUUUAUUUGGUCUCUUGUUUGUUUCUGUCACACAUAUCCCAAAGUAUGUGUGUACAUUUAAAAGGGCAUUCUGCAGUUGCUGCUUUUGUCCAAUGGCAUAUUUUACAAGAAAAACAAAUGUCCCGCUAGAAGUAAUUUGCAAUUGCAAUUGUUUCUCCGCUCCUUCGCUAAACUAAACUGUAUUCAGAGUUGAUUUGGUGCAUUUAGAACAGGCUUUUUUGAAUGAGAAAAGCACGUUUAAUCCACCCUAAACCAGCCCAGUCCUCACUAAAUUUCCACGUUCAGCUCUGUGACAUAUCCUGUCCUCGGCCUAUCAGUGACAACAGCCAGUACAGUUGAAAGAUAAAGCUUGUUCUCCCGUCUUCUCAACCUAUGAAGGGAAAAAAGAAAAAGAAAUGGGUGAAAAAAGCCAGAGGUCUGAGAUGGAAUUAAUCAACCUUUGUGAAUGAUGAUGUUUUCUUUUCAACACCCCCCUUUUUCUUUUUGAAAUGCUUCCUUUCAAAACGUCAACCACAUCACUGAUUGUAAACAGCUCUUGGAUGGCUGAGGUAUGUUUGAUUUGAAUGGUUUAUAGUGCUGGGACGGGGGUAUGGUGGGGAGAAAUUGAGAGGAUAAAAUAAAGUGCAGGGGUAGGGAGGUUGGGGGGUGAGUGGGGAAAUACCCACAAUGCCCAUGUUUCAUUCAUACUGAGUUUAAGGCCACUCCACCAUCACUCCCUGGCUCUCUUUUCAUUUAAAUGGAAAUCAAUCGUGCCCCGUGAUCAAAAGCUUUAGGGCCGAGGUGCUGGCUGGCUUAUUUCUUACUCUGCAUUACAGAGAAAGGAUGUUUUUGGCAGGGGUCAGAGGAGAGGGGGAGGUGGACAUGAUGUGCUUUGGCAUGACAGGGCUAUUCAUUUGUUGCGUUAUCAUGAGGGAACAAGGGUUGUUGUGAGUGUGUGCGAAUUACACCCAAAAUCAAGUAGUUUUGAAAUCACUGGGUCUGUCAAAAUAGCGUGCCCACUGUCUUUCUCCACUCAACCUUACCGCUGUGAUGUCAUCAGCUGAGGAUGGGCUUGGCUGGGUUCCAGGCUGUACAGAAACACCUGAGGAUGGGCUUGGCUGGGUUCCAGGCUGUACAGAAACACCUGUGUGUUAUUAGUGCCUCCAUCUCAUUUUGUGUUCUCUGGUUCACUCAAUCAGAAUUGUCCCAAUCUGUUUAAGUUGACGAAAUUCAAUUAGUAAACAGAUUCUAAACGCAUAAAGUGUGGUAUGCUUGUGUCUGCACUCUGCAGGUGUUUGUGUAUGUGGAGUUUGAUUGAAGCAUCACAACUAGCCCAGUAAGCCUGAGAUGUAGUCUAGCUCCGACAGCAUUUCAAAAGGAGUAUAAUUUAACAUACGGUAAAAGAACAAAAGAACUUUCACUUUCUGUUUGUUUACUGACCAGAGUCACAUUCAAGAAAGCCUUUUUCCCGUACUCAGAAAUACCCUUAGAAAUUCCCUUGACUUACAAAGUAGACGUUGUGGUUACGAGUCAGCGACUAGUCUCAUUAUAGAUGAGGUUUGCAUAGAACAGUUUUUCUUGUUUGUGAAAAAAGUACAUCUAAGAACCAUUCAAGCAAGCAUGUUGAAAUAGUCAUGAACUAAACAAAGUCCAAAAAUUCUAAAAGAAUUGGUUUGACCUGUGUAAUGCCCUGUUCAUUCAGCUACACUCGCACAUCUCCAUGGCAUUAUGCUCCUUCAAAGCCACUUCGUCUGUUGCAUUGCUAUUGUGAAUGCAUCAAAAAUGAUUGUCCUCUAUUUAUUUCCUCCAGGGCUUACGUUGAAAAGGGUAUGAAAUGUUCAAAUAUUGGAAAAGAAAAAUGUAUUUUCAAGAGCUCCAUGAGCUUUUUCAGCUGUGCAAAAGUUUCUCAAGGCCCAUUUUUCAUCUAAUCUUUAAAAAUAAUUGUCAAGAGAAAGCAUUACUGAGUUCAGCCAAUCCCUGACACUGUCAGACAUGGCUCUCCACGAGCCCUUACCUAUUACACAAAAGUCCUUACACCACCCCCUCUCCAUAAAAACUGAAUCUGGUUAGGGUUUAUAUUUGUCAAUUUUACACGAAUGUUUCAGGAUUGUGCAUUCUGUCUUUUGAUGAAAAUAGGAAAAUGUAUCAACCAGCAGAUUCUGUUUGAUGAGCUUGGAUGAUGCGUCCUCUGCACAGCAAUACGUAAUGCAAAUGCGUACAACAACAAAAAUAUUUUAGCUUUGUGUAUUAUUAUAUUGUUUUUUUAUGAGAUGUCCUAUUGUAAAAGUCAAUAUUCAAAUGAUAAUUUAGUCUUAAUUUUUAAGCACACGUCUUCAUCAGUACUCAUAAUCAAUGCUGAUAAACCCUGUACAUUCUGUUUGCUCAGGAUCAUUAACUGUUUGUAGUGUACAGCAGCGAAGUGUUUGGACAAUGCUCUAUAUCUCAUCCAUUCCUAUGUCUAUGAAUCUGAGUGUGUUUUAGAAUAACUAGACCUGCACUAAAAGUGUCAUCUUGCUGUUCUACUUGUACUGUAGGUUUCCACAGCCCACACAUUCUCCAAUCAUUCAAUUUGGACUAGCAUUAUGUUCUGUAUAUGGCUCUUCUAUAUUAUGGAUUAUGACAUUUUUUUUUUACAUUAAAUAUGUUCUGCUAUG